AUGUCGCCCGCACUGCACCCCGCGACGGGCGAAGUCGGGCCCAAGGCGUCGCGUGCCCACCACCAGCCCAUAGAGACGUCGUCGCCCUCGGAGCCGGGACGCCCGCGCCGCACCACGGCCCAGAGCGACAUCGAGGACACGAUCCAGCACCCGGGCAGCGUGCGCAUCAACGUCCAGGGCGCCUUCAUCGUCGACGACUCGCAGCCCGACACCCCCCAGAGCGACGACUACGAGCACGAUCCCCACGACAUCCGCCUGCCCAACCACACGUCCGUCGUGAGCCAUGUUGCCGUCGAUAUUGGCGGCUCCCUGGCCAAGCUCGUCUACUUUUCGCGCGAGCCCGGCGACGAUGCCGCCGGCGGCCGUCUGAACUUUUUCAAGUUUGAGACGGACCGCAUCGACGCGUGUAUAGAGUUUAUGCGCAAGCUGCAGGCCGACCAGAAGCACGACAACGGUUCCAAGUCGCCCGACCUGUGCAUCAUGGCCACGGGCGGCGGCGCCUUCAAGUACCAUGACAAAAUCACACAGGCUCUUGAUGUUGAGGUUAUACGAGAAGACGAAAUGGAGUGCUUGAUCAUAGGCCUCGAUUUCUUCAUCAACGAGAUACCCAACGAGGUAUUUACAUAUAGCGAAGACAGCCCCAUGACCUUUAUGCCACAUCCACCCGACCCGCCCAACAUUUACCCCUACCUCCUUGUUAACAUUGGUUCCGGAGUCUCCAUGAUCAAGGUCUCGGGGCCGCGGCAGUUUGAGCGCAUAGGCGGUACAUCGCUCGGAGGCGGUACACUCUGGGGUCUUUUGUCGCUGCUCACAGGCGCCCGCAGCUUCGACGACAUGCUGCGGCUCGCCGAAAACGGCGACAACUCGUCGGUGGACCUGCUUGUCGGCGACAUCUACGGCCAAGCCUACAACAAGAUUGGCCUCAAGAGCACGCACAUUGCCUCGUCGUUUGGCAAAGUCUACAAGAUGAAGCGCGCCGCCGAGCGCGAGGCCGAAGACGGCUGCAACGGCGACCUCAAGCGCCGCGAAGAAGCAGAACACGUCCAGGGCUCGGCCGAACUCCCCCACAACCAAGGCUCCUUCCGCCCAGAAGACAUGGCCCGCUCCCUUCUCUACGCCGUCUCCAACAACAUUGGCCAAAUUGCCCAUCUCCAUGCCGAAAAACACGGCCUUCCCCGCAUAUACUUUGGCGGCUCCUUCAUCGGCGGCCACUCCCAGACUAUGAACACUCUGUCCUACGCCAUCCGCUUCUGGUCAAAGGAUACUCGCCAAGCAUAUUUCCUGCGUCACGAGGGUUAUCUCGGUGCUGUAGGCGCGUUUCUGAAGAGGCAGCCAAGAAACUGGGGGAGGAGAGAGAGUUUUGUCGGCGCCUCGUCGUCGCCGUCGUCGUCGUCGGGGGGUGGGAGACCGAGUUCGAGUACUCUUGUUGGUGCUUGAAUCUUUUUCUUUCUUUUUUUUGCUUUCUUGAAAAAUUUCGGUGGUUUGUCCUGAGCUCAUGUCCUAUGUGUGUGUGUGCUUGACGGACCUCUUUUUGUGUGUGUGUGUGUGUGGUUCAAUUUACCUAUGUAUAGAUGAACACUUGGAAAAAAAAGUAAGUAGAGCUCCCGUCCGAAUUGGUUAUCGAUAGGGGUACAUAUGGGCUUUCUUUUUUUUUAAUACGAUGGAUUGAUGCCCUUGACUUGAGCUUUUCAACUUGGGUCCCG